AAAUUGCGCAAACAUAUCACACCGGGCCAACGGCGGCGGCGGAACGGCACAGCAGCGGGGCGAAUCAAGGGGGAACGCCAGCGCGUCUGCGUGUGUGGCGGCUCCAAACAAACCCUCCGCUUUUGUCGCACGACCCUGAUGGCAAUUUUGACCAGAUGGGUCGGCUCCGCAAUCUCCACUCCCAAGAACGACCAAGGACCUGCGUCUCUCAUCGGGAGGCAACGGCACUACGGGGCUCUAGAGCUGGCCGGCACCGGCGAGCAAGUCAACGUCAAUGAUGUCGUCGAGAUUACUGACACUGCUAUCAAAGUCGAGCUCGAACAACCGGGAGCGAUAUCGAAACGUCGUCUUCGGCUGGCACAGGUUCUUUCGAUGUGGGAAGACACCUUCACAGGCUUGUUCAAGUUUCGCGCACGGUAUCUGGUGUACGCAUCGGACCUUCCUGACGACGCCGUUGCUGGGCUCGUCGAGGCUCGCCGCAAGGCUGAAGGAACGGGAACAAAUGGCAGUAUGAGCGACGCGAAGGCGCCUUCCACCUCCAACCGAAGUUCUCCGUGGUCCAAGGGAGGCCAGAAAGCAGGCUGCGAUGAAGUGCUCCUCACAAACAAAUGGGAGGAUCUUGACGUUGUACUGAUCGUUAAGCCAAUCACCCUUCGCGUGGGCGCACAAGACGAUUUGUUAGCUGGGUGGAAAUAUAACUUCGGGCCACGGCUCACCCUUUUUUUCGAUGCUAGUUCGGGUGAAUUCACUCCUGUAGAGCGUACGGAGACCAUAGCCAAGCGCGCGAGAAUUCGGUUCGUGGAAACGGUUGCGCGCGGGUCACGUCGCGCCGAGGAAGUCGCUGCGGCUAAUAGCGGCCAGCCUGCGACGCAGAGCAGCGGUUGGCUGCUGCCGAAGCGAAGAGCGAAAGGGCCUGCUGCUGCCGAGGGCACUGCCGGCAGGCGUGGCAGCAUCGCAGCUGCCGCGUCUGUGGGCGACACCGUAUCAGCCAGAGAACCCAGCGAGGGAGAGUCCUCAGAAGGGGAGGACCCUAUGUUCGAUGACCUGGAGUGGGAAAACGACGACCAAGAUAGCGACUACGCGAGUGACCUCAACAACUCCACCGACACGCGGAACCACAAUGCGCUGGAAUUGCCGGUAAGGAAGUCGAGCCGACGCAAGAAAUCGCUCGGCCAAGAGUAUGACCAGGAUGUCGAUCCGUCCUCUGAAGACAAGAUUCAGAAGAGUCCUUCUUCACCUCCACUUGCGGUAUCUGCUGCAGCCCCGCCCAUGCACACAACCCCACUGGUACCUCAGAGAGAUGUGGGGCAACAAGGACCUCUACCGAAACGACCGCGGCGUCUAGCCAUGCCCCCCGUGGAGGGAAUGCCAGCGCUCAAUUCAAGGCGUUCUGAAGAACCCCUCUCCUCAUCCUCAACGACUACCGCUCCCAAGGCGGGCGGGCCGGUCAAAACACGAGCUGCUACAGAAGCAGCACCUUCCUCGCCAACCCCGUCCGUGUCGCGCUGUUCGGCGGAAGCCGCAAGGGAUGCAGGGGGAGCAACGGAAUCGAAAUGCCGACGGUCGAUCGGGGGAACGAGAACGAGGGGGCGCUCUACCAAGGCUGCUGUGGACGGUGCGGAUAAGCCGGACUGCGAUCCGCAGCAAAUUCUGGUCGGCGACGACUACCAAGCAGAUAUCCCAGACCUUUUGUCGGCAGAAGACAGGAAGAAAGAAGCCGGACAUCCCGCUGCUCGUACAGGUGCUAAGAUGGUUUGGCGGAGUAUCCGCAACUGGGAUCCGCAAUCCCGUCAUAUGCUGUCCACGUAUCUCCACGCGGCGAAGGACGUGGUCAAGGCCAAGCAAGCCUCCCCCGGCGUGGCUGUUCAUGUGCGCCUCGGCGAUGCCGGCAGCAAAAAUAACGGAAAUGUUGAGGCGGCCACGACCAGUGUCGCCGGCAGCUACGCCGUGUGGGCGAUAACCGUCGGUUGCCACUCUGCUGGAGUAAUUCGAGUUGCGUGCUCAGAAAUAGCCCAGACAAAAGUCCCGAUACCUGCCAUCCAGAGAGUACAGAGCGAAGAACAGGCUCUGGGUGCGUUGGUCAAGGCUAGAUGCACCCUGGACGACUUCAAGCCCGCCCUGAAGGUCUUCGAUCAGGCAUCCAUGGAGAGCGUAGAUCCGUGGAAGCUGUCACAGGUGAGAAACCUGAAGCAGGCUCUUGAAGAGCAUUUCGAUCCAAACCCGCGGUCGCACGGCUGGGCACGAGAGGGGAUGGACCUUGAACGAGAGGACUUCAUUGACCUCGCGAACGUUAGUAAGCAGGUUCCGGGCAAAACUCCCACCCAGGUGCUCUCUUUCUUCUACCGGUACCUUGCUGCUGCCAAACCCCUGACCGACGUCGUCUACGGCAAGGAGGCGGCAGAGGCACGGAAACUCGAAGCAGUCCUUCCCCCUGGCGCCUCGGGAUUCCCGGAAGAAGCAAGCACCGCCAAACUCAAGCCGCCCGCCAGUCACGUGACGGUCGGUCCAUACACGAGUGGCCCUGCCAUGCGCAGCAGAAACAUCGUGAGGCCCAACCCUCCACAAACGCCCCAUCCUGUCGCACGGGUAGCGCCCGGGUCAUCUGCUUCGAUGACCACAAGAGCCACCGCAGAGUGCAGGGGAGUGAGGCCAGAUGACCUCAAACGAUAUCUCUCUAACGUCACCAAAGCUGCUCUUGGUGGCCGUGCGCCUGCUGUUGCUGCCUACCGAGCACCCGCUAGUGGCAGUGUUAGCCGUGAAUACGAGCGCCAGCGUGCAAUCAGGCAUCAGGGGGCAGCGUCUGGAAACACUUCUGCUGACGUCGAGGUGCUCGAGGUGAGGAAGUAUCAUGGCGCCACACGUGGGGUUGGAAUCGCUCAAGGUUCACAGUUAGUAACUGGCCUUGGCUACACAGCGGCGCGCGCAAGGCAGUACGGCCCCGAGGCACGUUCUCGGCAAACUCGUGUGCUGCCUUCAGCCGGGGUGACAGCUCCGGCAUCAGAUGGCUACCACACGGGCACGGCCGUGGCAAGGCCACCGGGGCAUGCACCACAAUCCAGUCCUGCCAUCCAAAAUACAGUGCAAGCUAGGCGAGUGAGGACAAGAGUCGGUGGCAGGGACCUUGGCAGCAUCGUUAAGAACGGCGGCUAUCCUGCGUACGAUGAGCCGUCGGAGGUGGCCAUGGAUGAAGAGGUCGAGUUUGGCUUCAUGGCCCCUUGCUGGAGGCAGCUGGAAAUGGCGCAUGCCUUCAUCGACAAGGAUCAGCUUCGGUACAUGAAAGGACUCAUCACUACGCACGUCCGCAAGCCGAUGACGCGCGACCAGCUACUCGAGAGGGCCGACAGCUGCCUCCAGGGGCAGCCGGAGAUCUUCGUGGCCUUCGUCAAAACGUUCGAUCGAAUCAGUCACGUCCAUGCCGAAGCUCAUCUGGUGCCGCUUUACUCUGGCAGAAAGAGAUCCUUGUCCGACUCUCCCCCCGAGCCGAUUCUGAUGUCGAGGAUGUCUUUCAAUGAGCGGAUUCGGCCAACCACAGGCCAAAUAGACUCGCGAUCGCGUGCUCCGUACGUCUCGUACUCCAGGCAACAUGCCGCAAACCCUACCUUCGCGGUUCCCCCCGGUGCAUCAGUAGAUGAAGGCGUCGACCGUCGAGGUAACGGCCACGGCCGAGCUGGCGGGGGCGGCGGCCCUCGUUCGGGACCGGCGCACGACCGAUAUCCCCGCGUGUCUGCGGAGGACGUGGAUGCCCGCCGUCGCUGGGCCGUUCCGGCCACCCCAGGCGGCAGUAUCGGGGGGUGGCGCCAUGGUGCCAGUGACAGGCCCUUGACGUACGUGAGUGGCGAUGCAGGGCGGCCCCCUCCCCCCGACUCGUCUGGCCCGACUGGGAGACCUGUGAUGAUGUACCGCGAGGAGGGUGGGCAACAAGGUUUCGAUGUUGGACGAGAGCAGGUGAGAGCUUGGCCGCAGCAUCACCAUCCCAACCUUUGGCGGGCUGCUGGUUCACCACCCGAGGGACGGGCGCCUAGACCCAGAAUGCCUACGUGGGUGGGGAAUGGCAGGAUGUCGACGAGGUAGUGAAACGAGAGUGCGUGAGGAGGCGAGUUGAAGAUGGGCGAUGCCGCUGUCUGUUGUGAAGGUGUGCUGGCGUCUUCGCUUCACAUUCCAAGUCUAAAUUACCAAUCGUUCGUGUCGACCACCAAGGAAGGUGCAUCGUACGGUUGCUGAUUUUUUUUUUGCUUCGCUCCCGAGAUGCUUGGGUCGGUUGUAUGCAACGGGCAUCUUCCGUCGAACAUGGUCGCCUCUACCAUUGUGGCCGUUGGCCUGCAAUUCACACUUGCUGUAACUUGGUGAUGCUAGGAGCCCUCGACUGAUUCCUGACGAACUACUUGCAGGCGUGCGUGUGUCCGACUUCCACUCGCUUGUUGUGCGUGUCGUCGUGGGUUGUGUUCCCGCGGGUUGUGUCGGGUUUUGUAGUUUCUUGAUGUGUUGGGGCCCGUUUUCAGUUAUGAGGUUUCUGAUAUGUUUUUCCUUGCCACAAGUCUUGCUUGUCCAAGGGGCGGGGUUGGUGUUCACUCAUUGGCUGGGGCUACUUCGAAGGGUCCACGGCGGCGGCUUUGUUGGUGGACACGUUUUCGGCGGUAAUGCCCGUUGGCGGUUAUGGUUUUCGGUGGUGGGCGGUUGUCGGUAACGGCUUACGCGCAGGCGGUAGAACACAAGACGGUGGUUUUCCGGUACCGCCCACCAUGUCGGUAAUUUCAUGGACGAAAAAUGUUGGGGGAAACUCUUUGGUGUUUCACACUUUUGACUCAAUAUAUCAAGGUCAGUCAUUCGACGUGUUUUGGAGAAUGUUUCCCGCUGUAAAAAGUCACAGGCCACAUCGAAUUCUUCCUGUAAGAAGGUAUGCGUACUACCGAUGCACAUCCCA